AUGCCAUUCAUUUCGUGUAUCAGUGUCUCCGACACCGCAGCUACCAUCAACUUCUAUCUGAAGCUUGGCUUCACCGUUGAUUCGAGCACCUCACGCCCAGGAGAUGAUAUCCACAUGCUUCUUUACAAUGGCGAGUUCUGCACAAUGAUAUACAAGAACGGCGACCUCAAACAAUGGCUUCCUUGUCUCAAAGAUCAGCCAAUCGGUUUCGCCGGAAUGUUCUAUCUCUCCGUGGAUGAUGUGCAAGCAGUAUACGAAACAGUUUCUUCCCAUGCUGAAAUCGUCAAGCCGCUGACUACCGACCACACCGGACAGCGGAUGUUCUAUAUCCGUGAUCCUGACGGCUAUGUGAUCGGUUUUAACGAUAAAAAAGCUCUUCAAUCCAGCAGCCUAGGAAAAUAUUCCUAA